GAUUGAAUAAAAUUUUAGCAGUGAAAUCAUAAGUCAAAAGCUUGGCAAACUUUAAAGCAGAGAAAAGUUACGAUCAUUAAAAGAAAAUCUAUUUCUUUGGUUGUUCAUUUUUUUCUGCCAAUUAAAGUUUGUGUUAAUUUCAAAACACGAAUUCAAGAUGGUUGAAGGACGUUGUGUUUUUAUUUUAUUCUUUUUCGUUGUUCAAGUUUACACCAAUGAGCCCUCACCUCUACAUGGUCAAAAUAUUGAGAGUCGUUGUAGAAAUCGUUUAAUAAGGAAAAUAGUUGAACAUUUAUCAGAUGGAGUUAAUGAGAAUCGUGAUAUUUUAACUAUAAAGAACGUUGGCAGAUUGUUCAAUGAAUUGGGUUUUAAAAAUUGUUUGAAAAAUGAAAAGUCUCAAACUUGCAAUUUAUGUACAACGGCAAUAUCAUUUUUGGAAGGCAAGGGUAUUAACACAACAAAAACUUUUACCGUGGAAGAAUUCAAGCCACUUUUAAACGGUAUAAUAUAUAUUCUGACGAAACAUAGCAGACGAGAAAGUUUGGGUGUCGUGUGCAAAACAUUUCUCGAAAGCCAGCUGUCAAUUAUAAACACGGAUGAAUACGGCUUGUUGAAAAAACAAUAUGGCGGGGUUUUAAAUGAAAAAAGUUUAAACAAAAUAUUAAAUGAUAUAAACGAAACGAUUGGAAGAACGUUGGAUCAUAAAAAUAAGUGUUUCUCAGUUGAUGACGUCAUCCGUGGAGCAAACGUAUCAGCAGAUAAAAUAUCAGCCAACGACUUUGAGUAUGUCAGGUCGUAUAUCAUACUUCAACUACUUGAUAAAAAGUGUAUUCGCUUGGAACAAGAUCUUCACAAAUACAAUGAACACGAUGGACACGAUCACGAUGAGUUCGAAUUUGACCUCGAUGAAUUCGAUAGAACCGAUCACGAAAACGAACACGAGCACGAUAAACACGAUCACGAUAAACACGAACACGAUAAACACAAACACGAUAAACACGAACACGAUAAACACGAACAUGAUACUCACAAAGAUGACACGGCAAAAACGGUGAAAAAAAGUUUUUUUAUUGAGCAAGUAUUUUCCCAUUAUGGUAAUAAGAGUCACAUGUCGUCUGAAAAUUUUGAACAUUUGGUCAAAAAAUUAAAACUUGGAAAAGAGGUUUCUGCUGAAGAUGAGCAUGCAGGUCAUAAUCAUCGAAAGAGAAAAUCAAUCAAGUCCUUUAGACAAAUAAGAAGCUUAAGCGAGCAAAAGUGUUAUUCUGCUAAAACUAUGCUUUCCGUGUUUUCUGUACGUGAAGGAAGUUUUAUUAAUGAUGUGAAGUUUCAAGAAAUGUGUCCAGCUCUCAUCCAGCAGUUGGAAACAGAAAGCUGUAAAGAGACAAAGGAGGAAUUAUCAAAAGAAGACAAAGACAGCGGAAGUGAUUGGAAACCAUGGGUUGGUGCCAUGUUUUCAACAUUUAUCAUUAGUCUUGGAUCAUUAUCUGGUGUGUUUGCUGCACCAUUUAGCAAGAAGCCCUACUUUUCAUACGUUCUUAUGGUUCUUAUAUGUUUGGCAGUAUCCACUUUGAUCGGCGAUGCAAUAUUGCAUUUGCUUCCGCAUUCGCUAGACCUUCACAAACAUGGUGAAGGCGGUCACGAUCACAGUAGCGGAGAAAACGAAUUCUUAAAACCGAAUAGCUUUUUGUGGAAAUGUGUUUUGGUUUUAUUUGGUAUCUACAUCUUCUUCAUAUUUGAAAUUCUGAUGCAUGCGUUUAGUGGGAAACAUGGACACUCACACAGUCUGGAUAAUAUUGAUGUCUUAGAUGAAUCACACAAGCAUUUAGCCCCAACAGAUAAUAUUAACGCAGAGAAUGUGAAAGGAACAUUGCAGUUGAAUGAGGAACAUUUAAACACAUAUAUAGGCGGGUCAAAUAACGGCAUUAUCCAAAGGCCAUCAGGAAUUCAUGAAUGUAAAGAAAUUGUCCAUAAGGUUGUCGAUGACAAAAGCAGCAAAUACAGCGUUUCAAGUGAGGAUGACAGCGAAAAGCAAUUCUUAAAUGACAAAGACAAAAGUGCUAUGUCCGUUAAAACAUUUAAAUCAGUUGUAUGGAUGGUUUUAAUUGGAGAUGCAAUCCAUAAUUUUAUGGAUGGAAUUGCAAUUGGUGUAGCCUUUACUGAAACAUGGCCGUCAGGUUUACAUGGUGGUAUAAGCACAUCUAUUGCAAUUUUCUGUCAUGAAUUACCACAUGAACUUGGGGAUUUUGCUAUCUUAAUCAGCUCUGGAAUGACCAUAAAACAAGCGUUGUUCAUGAAUUUUAUCUCUUCAUUGACUUCUUUUAUUGGUGCUAUACUUGGCGUUUCGUUGGGAACACAGUGGCAUGCUGUUCCAUGGUUGUUUGCUGUUACUAGUGGUUUGUUUAUCUACAUCGCCCUUGUGGAUAUGUUGCCAGAGAUGCUUCACAACUCGUUGUUAAAGGCUCGUCCAUGUUUAUGUUUUUUCCUGCAAAACUGUGGGCUACUAACUGGUUUCAUGUUGAUGUUUUUCUUAGCAGCAUGGGAAGAAGACAUUAAAGCAUUUAUAAGUUAAAUGAUAGCACGUAAACCCUUUUAGUGUCGCAUUUGGUAUCUAGCUAGACAAGUAGAUACAGGAUAAUGAAACUUUCGCAAGUUUAUUUUCAUUAGAAGUAUUACAUAUUCGUCGCCUAGUUAUUUUCGCGUGUUAAUUCACACUUGACUAUGAUGCGAUGUUACUAUUAUAAUCACACUUGCCGUUUUUCUCUAUACUUUUUCACAAAUGAAAACAAUAUGUUGAUACUCGAAAUGGGCAACUAAACUGAGUCGUACCUGUUGCGUAGUUUUUAGAGACUGAGCCCGUAUCCUGGCUUGUCACUAUAACUGAUACGCAGCGUGUUUUAAACCUGCAGUACAUGAACAAAGGUAAACUCAAAAAGACUUAUUAUACGCACUCUCACACUAAUAGAUAAAUUUAAAAUAUAAUAAAUGGUCUUAGGUAAACACAAAUUAUUUAUAAGCACAAUUAUUGGAUCAUAUUUGACUUAUUUUUAACAUAGUCAGUUUUCUAGACGUAAUUUUGACCGUAAUUUUGACCUUGUAUAGUACUCAAUAAUUUUCUCAAUUUCAAAAAAGAUAAAUGUAAACUGCGAAAACUACUGUAUUUAACAAAGAUACAGUUCGUAUACAUGUCUUAAUAAAGGCGGUUUAUGUGUGACAUAUUUAUUCCACUAAACAAGAUAGAAAACUUGUUUACAUCACGUGACAAUCUUUUCCAUUAUUAGCCUCGAAUUUUUUAUCAUGUCUAGAUAAAAGUCGCACUCAAAAUUGACCAUCGAUCACUGAGUUGGAUUUACGAAACAGAGACGGGGCCGUCUACGACAAUAAAAAUACUAUUUUUUCAAUAAACUUGUGCAGAUACAAAUUUGAUAUGAUGGAAAUAUCGCUGAUAAAAGCAUGCAAAAAAGCGAAUAAAGUUUUUUUCUUCUAAAUUUUGUUUUCACCGUUUCUUAUCAUUUCCUUCAUCAGUUUCACAUUCUUUUGCAAUUUUUAACAGAAGCCAUAUUUGUUUUGAUUUUUCGUCACUUUCGUUUAUUUUUUUGUAAUAAAUUUUUGGCGCGUUUUCAUGAAAAGUUAUUGACAACGCCGUUCCAGUAGUCUUUGUUGUUGUUUCGUUUAUUCCCUAAUAUUUAAAUGAAUGCGGAUUUGUAAAUUCGUUCUAGAAGUACUAUUGUUUAACAGUAGCAGAGUAAAAUAAUUUUUUAGAAGAAUGUUAUUAAUAUACUUAUUUGAGUAUCUACCAUUUCAAGAUGGUGAUAGUUGUGAACAAA